AUGGGCUGGCGCCAGUCCUGCUCCGAGCCUCUGUUACCCUGGUUGAGCACGAGGGGGGCAGAACCCCCUCUCGUCGGCGAGAGCCGGUCUACCGUUCCCCUCGCGGGCGGACUCAUCCCCAUCUCCGGGCCCGUGGCGGUUCCUUCCGCCAUCGUCGUCCGCCUCGCCACCCUCCUGUGUCCAGCGGCAGAUCGUCGGCCCCCUCCUUCAGCAGCCGCCUCCCCAUCGCAUAUUGCCGUCGCCCUCCCAUUCACCGUCCGCCCCUCCUCCCGCUCGCCGGCGCCGGUCCCCUCGUCUCCUCCAGUUCCUCCUCCCCCCGGUCUCCCCGGUGGUGCUCCUCUCGUGCCUCCCGCCCGCUCCUUGCCUCCCUCUGCGUCUGUUGUCAGAUGGGUUUCCGUAGCGUCAGCGCCCUCUCGUCCCGUCCGCUCCUGCUCUAGUUGCCCGGUUUCCUCUGCCUCGUGCCCAAUCUCUCGAGCUCCCUCCUGA